ACAACGUCAUAGUGUUUUGAUUAUCGGCGCGGUCGCAGCAACGGGCUCCUUUUUACGAUGGAAACGGACGAGAGUGCCGUGUUGAUGAUCAUGUACGAGGAUGAGUCGGUGGAUAUCCGGUAUAGGAACGGAGCGCGGUUACAGCUGUCGCCGUGCGGCUCUGAAUUCCUGCUGGUGAAAGCCUCAGACUCCUGCCGACAUCCACUGCAGCCCGCUGAGAAAGUCCGACAGAGGACCAGGUUCACCAUCAGCACAUACAAGAAGCUGAUGUUGGCUGCACUGGCAUUUAGAAAUAAGUAUGCCCGUCAACCAUAUCUGCCACAUGAACUUAUCUCUGCUGAGAACAAAAAGCCUUUUUUCAGCAUUGAUUCAGCUGUACAUUGGCCAGAGGUGUCAGCCUCUCUGGCUGAAUUCGGACUUGGAGGCGAGACCAUCGUCAGGUCAGAGGAGGGACGUGCUGUGUUGGUGCUGUCACCCUCCGGUGAAGAAUUCACAGUGGAGUUAAUGUGCAGCCUCAGUUCUGCUCGUAAUCAGCACCGCAGCGUGCAGCAAGUGAGCAAAGAUGAUAGCUACGGCAGACAAGAGCAAGCGAGCAGUCCAGUCCCCGAUAAUACCAGUGAUCACACCGAAGUGGUCCGGCACGGAAGAAGAAGCAUGAGGACAAUGCUGACCAGACCGAGGUCUUGUUCUCCUCAGAUGAUCAGCGAUGGGCACCAAAAGCCUGAACAGGUGUACCAGUCCACCACAGUGGUCCAGCAUCACUCAUGCUGUGCGGUUGCUCCCAAAUGGACCUACCCUCUUUCCGUGGCUCGCCAUCACUGGGCAGCUCGUUUCUCUAAAGCUAAAGAUGUAGUGGAUAGAGGAGCUAGCAGUUCCAACCAAUCAGACAAGACAAUAAACAAAUUGGACAUAUCCUGUGAAGACAGAAGGUCCCGUGUUCCUCAGGCGCUGCCUCUCACGUGUCCAACGCCUCAUCGGCACAGGUGGAAGGUUAAAGAUCCCCUGGCCAAAGAAGAACACACAGACCUUCCAACUGAGAUGGUAAAGGUAGUGUGGUGUCAGGGAGUCACUUACAGGAUACUGAGUGGACCUGUCUCAGCUGUUGAGGUUUCCCCAGGGGAUGGAUCAGUCAUCCGCUCUAACCGCAACCUUAACUCUUAUUUUACGCAUCACAAAACUGAACUCCAGUCAGGGCUGGUAAACUUUAAAUUUUAUAAUAAGAGGUUAACCAAUACAUUUAAAAAAAAAUCUUACAAAUUUAGCCCAUCUUUACCACAGGUCAAAGAGGUAACCUACCAUUUAAACAGCCUUCCACCUGAUGUGCUUGGACAGGCCUACUCUGUUUGCUCUAUUGUGAGUCGUGCAAGCAGGAUCCUGGCUUGCUACAACCAGGCCUUGCAGUCACUGAAGUGUCCAGCCUUACCCAGCUGCUUGCAAGAGCUCGAAGAUGAAUAUUUUUGUAAACCAGCAGCGUUUGAAGAAAAGAUGCCCAUUCCUGUGCCUGCUGAGCAACGCAUGAGUGUGACAGAGGAAGCAGGCAGUUUAUCAGAGCUCGUUGCUGCAGAGCUUGAGAAGAUAAAGCGAUUCACCUUUCUGCUGGAGAACAGUCACGUGCUGAGAAGUGGAAAAGCACAUGCAGAUGAGGAGGAAAGACCUGCAGACGUCACUCGUGAGCCAUUAAAUGACAACUACGUUGCUGAAGCUCUUCAGAGGACAUCCAAAGCAAUUCUGGAUAUUGACGCUCUCGUAUCUGCAGCCACACUAACUUAAAACAAUCCUUAUGUUUAAGCAGGAAGCCAUAUUUGUGUGUUUGUCUCAAUAAAAAAUAUAAUAAAACUGU